GCAAUUGAGGAUUCAUUAUUUUUAAAAGAACUAUUAGAUUUUGCUAACUCUGAUGAAUUACCAGUUCAUACUUUUCCUUUAUUAUAUGAAUUUGCACAAUUACGCCUUUUGGGAGUUAAACAAGUACCUUUAAUGGAUAAGGAAUUG